AUGUUCGCCUUGGGAUACGCAAUUCAAGAUCUUUGGACCGACGUCAGCUACUGUGCAAUUAUCGACAUUGCAAGGAAUAUCGCUGCGAGAGAAAGUGAGAGAGCCAAUUGGCCAAAACGUGAGAAAAAAAUUGAUAAUAAUUCGGAAACCUUGAAUUUUCAGCAGAUCCGAUCAGCUUUGUAAUAAAUAAUGCUUUGGAACUCAUUGGCUACGGUUGCCAAGGCGUCGAUACAAGCGAAAAAAUAGACGGUAUUCUCAAAAAUCUCUCCAACGAGCACGAAACCGAGAACUUAUACACCGAAAACCCUAUCGAUUAA